UGAUCAGGAAAGCAACUGGAGUCUUUUGCCAUUUGUGAACUUAUUUACACCGCAAUUCACAUUUAAGCUAGUCAUCUCCACAUGGUUAGAUUCCACACAGAUUAUACUAAGAGCUGCCAUUAGCCUUUGAUCAAAUAUAGGAAUGGUGAUUUCAGUGUUUGAAUUGGUUCUUGCAAUGAACUAGAAGAACCGCCAUGCAGGACGACUACGGCGAAGAGGCUGACGGGCUUCUUGGGCCUAGAGAAUGGCUCAUUAUCGGGGUCGUUUUGUUCGUAGUGUACCUUUAUAAAAAAUCAUCACAUAGGCUCUGCAUGCCUUCUAGUGGAUUUAUGUUUGGAUUAUUCAGAACGGAAAGAGCUACCUUACCCCCCCAGAAUACAUCGGGAGAUGACGAUGCUCAAAGGAGACACAUUUUAGAAGCUCGAAGACGUCUAAUCGAAGAAGCGGAACGUAAUGCCGAGGUGAACCGCGCUAAAAUGAAGGAGAGAGAAGAGCAAAAACGCAAAGAGAAACUUGAACGAAAGGAGCGUCUGCUCGACAUAAACAAAGCGCGACCGCCCAGCUCGCAUAACGCAGGUACUUCAUCACUGAGGGGUGAUGACUACAAUCCGUUAAUGGGAAGCGGCGGUUCUUGCGGUUGGAGACCAACGAAGAAGCGCUGUGGUCGUGGUGGAUGCGGUUGAGAAUUGCGCGCCGUCACUUCCAGCACCCACGAUAACACUUGUCGUUCU